AUGCUGAGAGAAUCUAGCCGCCUGCGUGCUGGCAAGUUCAAGACUACCGCAUUACAGCUUCUGGCAGUCUUUUUUUGUAUUUCGUUAUUACUAUAUUGCGGAAUCGAUACAAAUCCUCCACCACAUCAGUCAUCAUCGCCGUCUUUGCAAAAAGCGCUGGUGAUAGCAUCCAGCAUUGCGACUUCGCAAGACACGGCAUGGCUAUCCCAAGUUCCUCGGGACUGGGCCAUCUACCACUAUGUGACGGAUGAGAUUGGCAGCUUCUCUCCGUCGUCAUCGACUGCGUUGUCAGUGCCGGCAGACAAGGGCAACGAAGCCAUGGCCUAUCUGACGUAUAUUAUUGACCACUACGACGAGCUGCCAGACGUCAUCUUUUUCCGGCAUUCGCACCACAAAUCGUGGCACCAGGCCUUUGACUCGGUGUUCGAGGUCAGCUCGCUGCGCGCCGAGUACGUGCUCGAGAGGGGCUACGUGUCGCCGAGGUGCAUGGGCGGGUGCGAGAAUGUCAUGCCCGUGGCGGAUGAAGGAGUGAGCCUCGCGGAUAUUCACUUGGUGACGCGCGAUGCCCAGCUGCGCUCGCUUCUGUCCGAGUUCUUGGACCCAGCCGAAUCCAUUCCCAGCAAGAUUGCGGCGCCUUGCUGUGCUCAGUUCGCCGUCAGCCGUGUCGCGGUGCAGUCGAGGAGCCGAGAAUGGUGGCAGGCUUUGCGAAGCUGGCUGAUUAGUACCUCGCUCUCAAGCUACAGCAGUGGAAGGUUGUUGGAAUGGACGUGGCAUAUUUGGUUUGGCGAGGAGGCAUCUCUGUGA